GAUUUGCCAAGUGUUACGAGAUGACGGAUUUGACAACAAAUAAAGUUUAUGCUGCAAAAAUCAUUCCUCACAGCAGAGUAGCAAAGCCUCAUCAAAGGGAAAAGAUUGAUAAAGAGAUCGAGCUGCACAGAAUGCUUAAUCAUAGACAUGUUGUACAGUUUUACCACUACUUUGAAGACAGAGAGAAUAUUUACAUUCUUCUGGAGUACUGCAGCAGAAGGUCAAUGGCUCAUAUCUUAAAAGCGAGGAAGGUAUUGACAGAACCAGAAGUACGAUACUACCUCAGGCAAAUUGUGUCAGGGCUAAAGUAUCUUCAUGAGCAGGAAAUCUUGCACAGGGAUCUUAAACUAGGUAACUUCUUCAUUAAUGAAAACAUGGAAUUGAAACUGGGUGACUUUGGAUUGGCAGCUAGACUGGAACCACUGGAGCACAGGAGGAGAACAAUAUGUGGCACACCAAAUUACCUCUCUCCAGAAGUCCUCAACAAACAAGGGCACGGCUGUGAAUCUGACAUCUGGGCCUUAGGCUGUGUAAUGUAUACAAUGCUGUUGGGAAGACCCCCGUUUGAGACCACAAAUCUUAAAGAAACAUACAGAUGUAUAAGGGAAGCAAGAUACAGCCUGCCUUCAUCUCUCUUGGCACCUGCAAAACACUUAAUAGCCAGCAUGUUGUCAAAAAAUCCUGAAGAUCGACCCAGUUUAGAUGAAAUAAUUCAACACGAUUUUUUCUUACAGGGCUUUACACCUGAUAGACUUUCUGCUAGCUGUUGUCACACUGUUCCUGAUUUCCACUUGUCAAGUCCUGCUAAAAACUUCUUCAAAAAAGCAGCUGCUGCUCUCUUUGGUGGUAAAAAGGAUAAAGCCAGAUAUUUCGACACACACAACAGACUAGCUAAAGAAGAUGAAGAAAUCUACAAGCUCAGGCAUGAUUUGAAGAAGACAUCCAUAACCCAGCAGCCCCAGAAACACAGGACAAAUGAGGAGAUCCAGCCUCUUAUCACAACCGUAGCAAAGCCGGGAGGCUUGCCAGAAACCAAGCAGAUUGGAGACUCUAUUCGCAUGAUAGUCAGAGGAACUUUGGGAAGCUGCAGCAGUAGCAGUGAAUGCCUGGAAGACAGUACCAUGGGAAGCGUUGCUGAUACAGUUGCUAGGGUAUUGCGAGGAUGUCUGGAGAAUAUGCCGGAAGCAGACAGUAUGCCCAAGGAGCAGCUGACAGCAUCCUUCCAGUGGGUUACGAAAUGGGUGGAUUACUCUAACAAGUAUGGCUUUGGGUACCAGCUGUCAGAUCACACUGUUGGUGUCCUUUUCAACAAUGGGGCGCAUAUGAGCCUUCUGCCAGACAAAAAGACAGUCCACUACUAUGCUGAGCUAGGCCAGUGCUCUGUCUUCUCAGCCACAGAGGCUCCUGAACAGUUCAUUAGCCAAGUAACUGUACUGAAGUAUUUCUCUCACUACAUGGAAGAGAACCUCAUGGAUGGAGGAGAUUUGCCCAGCAUAACAGAUGUACGCAGGCCCAGGCUUUACCUAUUACAGUGGCUAAAAUCUGAUAAAGCAUUAAUGAUGCUCUUCAAUGAUGGCACAUUUCAAGUGAACUUCUAUCAUGAUCACACGAAAAUCAUCAUUUGCAAUCAAAGUGAAGAGUAUCUCCUUACCUACAUCAAUGAAGACAGGAUAUCCACAACGUUUCGCCUGACGACUCUUCUUGUUUCUGGAUGCUCGUUGGAACUAAAACACAGAAUGGAAUAUGCUUUGAACAUGCUGCUGCAGCGAUGUAACUGA